AUCACAUCAGCACUUCCAUACCCCCUCACAACCCUCGUCACAAGCAUCCAGCAUGUCCACCAUCGCCAUCAUCGGGGCCGGUCUUUCCGGCCUAGCCCUCGCCCUGGCCCUCCACCAACAAAACAUCCCGUGCACGCUGUACGAAUCGCGCUCCGCCCCGCUCAACAUCGGCGGCGCCAUCAUGCUCUCGCCCAACGCCCUCCGCAUCCUGGACCAGCUAGGCGUGUACGCCCGCAUCCUCCCAUCCGGCUACACCUUCUCCCACCUCUACUUCCGGACCUCCGAUGACCACCCCUUGGACAGCUACGAAUUCGGCUCGAUCCCGAAAUACAACUACCCGGGGGUACGGAUCUACCGCCACAUACUCAUCGAGGAACUCACCGCCAUGGUCCACGAAGCAAACAUCCCCAUCCACUACCAUAAGAAAUUCAGCCGGGUUCUCAAUGAAUCUGACACAUCCGUGACAUGGGAGUUCGCGGAUGGGACAACUGCCUCAGCGGCCAUCCUCGUCGGCGCGGAUGGCAUCCAUUCCACGGUCCGGAAGUAUCUCUACCCAGACCUGGAACCGCAAUUCACCAAUGCCGUGGGUGUUACGGCCGCGAUCCCCACCUCGCAACUCGCUCUCCCUCCAUCCCUCCCCUCGGAGGAAGAGGAGGAGAAGACCUACCCACUACCCGUUACAAUCCUCAAUCCCACGCACGGCGCCUUCGUGAUCGCCCCGCAACACCCAACCGGAUCCGAAUGUCUCAUCGGGCGCCAGAAACACUCUCCCUCUCUCACCAGGCAACAAUGGACGUCCCUCCUUACCGACGAGAGUAAAUCCUGGUGCUUGGACUUUCUCCGCGACAACGCCACCUCGUACCCAGCUAUCGUGCAGCGCGCUGUCUCAUCCAUCUCGCCGGAGAGUGUGAAUCUCUGGCCCUUCUAUAUCGUUCCGAGAUUGGAGAGUUGGUGUUCGGACCAUGCAAGGGUCGUGGUAUUGGGCGAUGCGGCGCAUGCGAUUCCCCCGAGUGCCGGGCAGGGUGUGAAUCAGGGGGUGGAGGAUGUUUUUACUUUCGCGUGCGUUGUUAGCCGGUGUGGGUUUGGUGGGGAUGGGGAUGAGGGGAAGUUGCAAAAGGGGUUAAAGGUAUGGCAGAAGGGACGACAGGCGCGGGUAGAUAGGGUGGUGGAGCUGAAUGGGCAGAUUAAUCGACGGAGGAUGCCCAAGCAGCCCGGGGAGGGUUCGGAGGGCAUGGAGGAGGGAAUGGAACCGUUCGAGUUGGAAUGGUUGUAUCAGCCGGAUUUCAGGGAGAUGGUGGAGGGGUGGUUGGGUGCUGAGGGGUUGUAAGGAGUAUCCUUGUGGGGGUGAUUUGUAUUACUAUCUGGAUUAUAGCUUGGCUUAUCUGUUCGUGAUGUUGAUGUUGAUGAGUAUCGGGUAGUUAUAGGUAAGAAUCAUUAACCACUAGAUACCGUUGUUGG